CAGCGUACGGGUCUUCACCUCCGGUUUCUCACUUCAGUAAGUUACUCUCUAUUAAGAAUAACUUGCAGAACUGAUGAUACACACUAAACAAGUCUACAGCAAGUAAUAUAUCGGGCUCAAGUUGCACUCUUAAACUUUGGAAGAUGAUUUCUUGCAAGACCUGGUCCGUCGCCCUCCUGCUGCCUCUGCUUCUAUCAGCCCAGUAUCAAGGGGACAACGGAAUAGUCGUCCCGGAGCACGGAUUUUGUCAGCCGAUCUCAAUCCCCCUGUGCACGGACAUAGCCUACAACCAAACCAUCAUGCCCAAUUUAGUGGGCCACUACAACCAGGAGGACGCUGGACUCGAGGUGCACCAGUUUUACCCCCUCGUGAAGGUGCAGUGCUCGCCGGAGUUGAAGUUCUUCCUCUGCUCCAUGUACGCGCCCGUGUGCACGGUCCUGGAGAAGGCCAUCCCUCCCUGCAGGUCGAUCUGCGAGAGAGCCAAGCAGGGCUGCGAGGCCCUCAUGAACAAGUUCGGCUUCCAGUGGCCGGACCGCCUGCGCUGCGAGAACUUCCCGGUCCUGGGGGACGGACAGAUCUGUGUGGGCCAGAACGACUCCACCACCGCAACCGUCUCGCCCAUCAUCCCUGUCCCGGGCACCCACGACCUCACCGAUGUCCCCAUGCACGAGAGGCCCUUCCGAUGCCCCCCUGUGCUCAAAGUACCCCCUUAUUUGAACUACAAGUUUCUGGAGGUGAAGGACUGUGCGGCUCCCUGUGAGCCCUCCAGGAGCGGCGGAUACAUGUUUUUCACCGACAAAGAGAUUCAGUUCUCCCGCAUAUGGAUCCUGGUCUGGUCCGUGCUUUGUUGUGCCUCCACCUUAUUCACGGUGACCACCUAUUUGGUUGACAUGCAGCGCUUCAGGUAUCCGGAGCGGCCCAUCAUCUUCCUGUCCGGCUGCUACACUAUGGUCUCCGUGGCCUACAUAGCCGGCUACUUCCUGGGAGACAAAGUGGUGUGCAACGAGAGCUUCAGCCCCGAUCGCUACAAAACCAUCGUCCAGGGCACCAAGAAGGAGGGCUGCACCAUCCUCUUCAUGAUGCUCUACUUCUUCAGCAUGGCCAGCUCCAUCUGGUGGGUCAUCCUGUCCCUCACCUGGUUCCUGGCGGCAGGCAUGAAGUGGGGUCACGAGGCCAUCGAGGCCCACUCCCAGUAUUUCCACCUGGCGGCCUGGGCGGUGCCGGCCGUCAAGACCAUCAGCAUCCUGGCCAUCGGGCAGAUCGAGGGCGACGUGCUCAGCGGCGUGUGCUUCGUCAGCCUGAGCAGCCUGGACCCCCUGCGGGGCUUCGUGUUGGCCCCUCUCUUCAUCUACCUCUUCAUCGGCACCUCGUUCCUGCUGGCCGGCUUCGUGUCGCUGUUCCGGAUCCGCACCAUCAUGAAGCACGACGGCACCAAGACGGAGAAGCUGGAGCGGCUGAUGGUGCGGAUCGGCGUGUUCAGCGUGCUCUACACCGUCCCCGCCACCAUCGUCAUCGCCUGCGUCUUCUACGAGCAGGCCUUCCGCCCACACUGGGAGCGCAGCUGGGUCAGCCACAACUGCAGGGGCCUGGCCAUCCCGUGCCCCAUGCAGACGGGGCCCCGCAUGACCCCGGACUUCACCGUCUACAUGAUAAAGUACCUCAUGACGCUGAUAGUGGGGAUCACCUCUGGAUUCUGGAUCUGGUCUGGGAAGACUCUACAAUCCUGGCAUAAGUUUUACACACGGCUGACGAAUAGCAAACAAGGGGAGACCACGGUGUAGAAUAAAGGGACGUCCAGAUGUUGAUGGGACUAAUUUGUGUGUUGUUACCUGUCGGUCAUGUGAUAGGGUAAUUAGCACAGCGAGUAGCCACAGGGUUCUCACAGCGUUUGUAUUCACCUCAGCUUUCAUAGCCACACACGCAUGCCAAACAGAGGGUCAGGGGUUUGACAAAAGGGCAAGCUGGAUAAACAAGGACUGAGCCGGACUGUCUGAACAAAUAACAAGCAUGACUAUGGAUGCCAUGUGCUGAAAUGCUCUCCCCUCCCUCCU